AUGGAUAAUAAUAAUAAUAAUAAUAAUAAUAAUAAUAAUAAUAAUAAUAAUAAUAAUAAUAAUAAUAAUAAUAAUAAUAAUAAUAAUAAUAAAUUAUUUUGGAAAAUUUGGAAAAAUAAUUUAUUAAAAAAUAAAAUAUUUGGGUAUAUUUCAAAUAGAUAUUUAGUUAAAUCAAUUAGAGACUUAAAUAUAACAUUUAAAUAUGAAGAGAUAAUUAGUUUUGGAUGGAUGUUAAAAAACAAACAUUUUCAAUUAUUGUUUGAUAAAGUUAGAAAUGGUGAAUAUUUAGUAUUUAAUGAUAAAGUAGAAUAUGGUAGAAUAAUUGGAAAUAAUAAUAAUUACCAAUCAAUUAAAGGUUUCGAAUAUUUCAAAUAUUUUGAAGGAUCAUGGUUAUCGAAUAAUGAAGAAUUCUUAAAGAAUUUAUUUACAAAUUAUUCAAAUUCAUUUAAACUCACAACAGAUAUAAUCGAUACAACUAUAAAAUGUUUAGUAUUUUAUAAAUUACCAAUGGCUUUAAAAAUAUAUUUACAACAAACUUUAAAUCAAUUUGAAAUUUUUCAAAAUAAAAGUUAUGAAUUUAUUACAAAUAGCAAUGGUAUUGGUAAUAGCAUUGGCAAUAGCAUUAAUAAUAAUUAUAAAAAAAUAAAGUAUAGUAUUAUUGAAUAUUUUAAAUCAUCAACUGGUUUUGAAUUAUUAAAAAUUUCAAUUUGUAGUAAUUCAUUUGAAUGUUGUGAAAUUGUUUAUCAAUUUUUACAAACAUAUUGUAAUUAUACACCAUUAGAAAUUACAUUGAAUAUUAUAGAUUCAUUGAAAAUCAUUAUUACAGUUGAUUCAGAUUGUCGAUUAAGAUGUAAACAAAUUGAUUUCAUCUUUAAAACAUUUACAAUUAAUAAAACAAAUUUUAAAAUUAAAGGUUUAUUCAAUAGAAUUUAUUUAUUUAAUCAACCAAUUUCAAAAUUAUUAAAAAUGUAUUAUAUUAAUUUCAAUUUCAAUGAUAUUAAUAAUAGAUAUGAUGAAGUUGAAGAACAAAAUAGUAAUAAUAACUCACUUGGAUAUGGCAGUUUUAUAACUAAUAAUAAUAAUAAUAAUAAUAAUUAUGAAUUAUUAAAAUUAGAACAAAUUAAAUCAUUUAAAGAAUCCAAUGAUUAUGAAAAUGUUAGAUUAGUUUAUAAAAUGUUAAUACCAUUUGGUGAAGCAUAUUAUAGUUCUCAAUUUUAUUAUUGUAAAUAUGAACAUUCACCACAUCAUAGUUCAUAUAUUUAUUAUUUUGGUGCUUCAACAUUUGGUAAUUUCAAUGAAGUUGAAACUUAUAAUGACUCAAGAUUAGAUAUUAAUCCAAUUUUUAAACAUAUUAAAUUUGAUAGAGAAAAACAAAUUCAAUUCACUAUGGAUGUAAUUUCAAAUAUUCAAAAUAAUAAUAAUAAUAAUAAUAAUAAUAAUAAUAGUCCAAAAAUAACUUCAAAACAAUUUAUAGAUUUAUUAAUAAAAAUUGAAGAUUUAGAAUUAAUUAAAUUAUUUUAUAAUGAAAUUUUAAAUAGAAAUAUCUUUACAAUUGAUACAAUUGAUGAAAAUGUAUUUGACUAUAAUAUCAUUACAAAAACUAAGUCAAUUGAAAUAUUUGAUUAUAUAUUUAAAAAAAUUAAAAAUAAAGAUUUUCAAUAUCCAACAAGUGAUUCGAUAAAAGAGAAAUCAAUUUUAAGUCAUUUUCAAAAUAAUUAUAAAGAAGAGUACCAAAACUAUAUGCAUUUGAAAUUAAUUGAAUAUGAAAGUUGUGUAUUAGGUGAAAGUGUACCUUUUAAUACUAUUAAAUAUUCAAUUGAAAAUAGUGAAAAAUAUAAAUUUGGUACAAAUUUCAAUAAAAUUUGGUUUUCAAUUAAAAAAGAUUACCCUUUAACUGUUAAACAAUUAAUUUGGUUAAUUGAAAAAACACCAGACUCAAUUCAAUUACAAUUUUCAAGAUAUCCAAAGAUUUUAGAUAUAAUUGAUUGGAUUUCAAUCAAUAGAAAAAAAGAUCUCAAAUAUUUUAAAACAAAUAUCUUAUAUUUAUAUUAUUACUUAAAAAGAGAUAAUUAUAACUUUAAUGAUUUUGAUCAAAAUAAUAAUAAUAAUAAUAAUAAUAAUAAUAAUAAUAAUAAUAAUAAUAAUAAUAAUAAUAAUAAUAAUAAUAAUAAUAAUAAUAAUAAUAAUAAUAAUAAUAAUAAUAAUAAUAAUAAUAAUAAUAAUAAUAAUAAUAAUAAUAAUAAUAGUGGUAGUGGUCAAUCAACAUUUUAUAAAUUUAUAAAUUCAUUAAAGUCAGCAAAAGAUAUUUUUGAAGCAAUUGGUGUCGAAGUUUUUAAAAGAGGUGAUAUAUCAACAUUAUCAUUACUUAUGGAAAAAUUUUUUAAAAAAGAACAACAAUCAAUUUCAGAGAAAUAUUUAAUUUUUGACCAUUUAUUAAUCGCUUCCAAUUUUGGUCAAAUUAAAAUUUUUAAAUUUUUAUAUGAAAAUUAUAAUUUCAUUUUUAAUUUAUAUGCAGAAUCAACUAUUGAAAUUGCAAAAGGUAUAUUCUCAUUUAUAAAAUCAUUUGGUGGUAAUAAUAAUAAUAAUCAAAUUAAUAAUAAUAAUAAUUAUGAUAAUGAUAAUAAUAAUAACAAUUUAAGGAAAAUUACAAAAGAACAAUUUUCUCAAAUUUUAAAAGUAUCUCUUACCGAACAUCAUUUUAAUUUAUAUUUUUAUUUAAAAAAAAUUAAUGAUCAUUAA